AUGGCUGACCCGGGUAACGACGAGGUGCAGGCGUUGGUGACAAACCGGGAGGCCAUGUUGCAGAGGUACUGGGAUGGUUGGAGGAGUCUGCUACAGCUACAGACUGGGCUCAAGGUGCAGCUGGAGGGGGAAACACCAACUGGUUUUCUGUCGGCACUAGUGAAAAGCAGGAAAGCAAAGACCGGAAUUAAAGAGUUAGUGCGGAAUGGGGUCAGUCACACGGAGGCACAUGAGAUCCUGGAAGCUGCCACUGACCAUUUCAAGGAGGCUUUCGACGAUACUACCACGGGUGGGCUGCUGCCGAGUGUGGAGUGGACGCCGAGGAGGGUGCUCGAACGUGCAUCAGCGGAGUGUCUAGCGAAGGACUGGUCGGAGGAGGAGGUUCAGCAGGCGAUCAGGGAGCUGGCCAACGAUAAGUCUCCAGGUCGGGACGGCUUGCCCAAGGAGCUGUUCCAGGUUCACUGGGAAUUGCUGCGGGAACCGCUGAUGAAGAUGGUUGGGGAGUUUGUGAAGACCGGUAAGAUGCCGGAUAUUGCAAACGAGGCGGUUACCAUCCUGCUAUUCAAAAAGGGGGCACAAACGGAUAUCAGGAAUUAUCGGCCGAUUACGCUUCUGUCAAGAGUUUAUAAAGUCUUGGCAAAGGUGGUGGCGUCGAGAAUGAAAGCAGUGCUAGGCCAGGUGAUUUCAAACGAGCAAUACGGUUUCUUACCUAGAAGGCGGCUAACAGACGCGGUGUCGACGGUGGCGGAUAUGAUUGAAGCGGCCCGAAACGAUAACAGCAACUGGUAUCUGCUUCUGAUUGACUUCAAAAAGGCGUACGACUCGGUGCACAGGGACUUCAUGCUGGAGACCAUCACCAAGCUGGGUUUUCCCACGCGGUUCGUUAAGUGGAUACAGGCUCUGCACAGCGAUGUACACACAAGGCUGUGCAUCAAUGGAUGGGUAGGAGAGAAGAUCACGAUGCGGAAAGGCGUGCGGCAGAGCUGCCCGCUGGCGCCUUACCUUUUCCUGUGCGCGGUGGAGCCGUUGAGCCGGAUGGUGGAUGAAAGGAAGUUGGGUAUUGGAGAAGGAGGGUGCGAAAGGUUGUCAUACGUAGGGAAGGCGGAGGUGACAUGGGAGAAAGCGUUUGACAGAGCAGCGAGGGAACUAAGCAAGUGGAGCACCAAGUACCUCACGACGAGUGCACGGGUGACUAUUAUCAACAGUUACGCGUUGCCGAUCUUCCUCUUUCAAGCACAAGUGUACCCGCCGGACGAUCUGUUGUGGAAGAGGGUGGAAAGGCUGGUAGAAAGUUUCGUGUCCGGCAACCAUGCAGAUACGGAGCGGCAUUUCAGGCUCUGGAGAGGGGAUUUGAUAUAUACACCAAGGGAGCAAGGGGGUUUUGGGGUGAUUGAUCCGCGGGGGCGCAUUUACAGUGUGGCUCUAAGAUGUGCGAGCCUGGCGCUGCAACAGGAGUGUCCGCUCAGGCGGGGUUUAUCGGAGAGAGCGGCAGGGCUGCCUCUUGGCUGGAAGACACUAUACGCACACACAGCGGUGUUGAGAGGGGGUCUGUUCAAAAGCAGGAGGUGGGCAAGGCAGUGCAAGGCGAUACUGAAAUCUACGGUGGUGAAAGUGUCGGAAGCGUCGUCAAGGUGGGAGGCGGAGGAGGAGUUUCUAUGUUACAAUAAAAACAUCAUUCACCGUGGGAAUGCCCCGUUCGGCGGCCAGAAAGGGACGGAGAAGCUGAGGAGAUGGAAGAUGCGCGACAUGGUCGUGAGGAAGUGGGAUGGCACGAUGAUGCUGAAAUCGGAAGAAACGUUGGCGAGGGAGUUAGAAGGGAAAAAGGAGGCGGAAAUGGCGUUAAAGGCGUUUCACGCGGCUCCAGAGCGAUGGCGUCAGUGGGUGUUGGCGCCUCUAACUGCAGAGGAGGUAGCGGGGGAAUCGCCCGUAAUGUGCACUAAGUUACCGAGUGGGCAGAGGUGUCUCUGGGAGAUUGUUGGCAAGAUGGGGAGGAAAGUGGAGCUGCGAGGGUUGAGUGGAAAAGGGGAACGCACUGCAUGGGACGUGAAGCUGGUGCUGUGCUGUGACAGCGUGUUGCCGGUGUGGCUCUCCAAAAUCCGGGCAGUACGGGAGGUCGGAGAUCCGAGAACGCGGUUACUAGCCUCGUCACUGUUUAAGGAGGAGGAUGUGGUUCCGCUGAGGGAACUUAGGGAGCCGAGCAAGGGUAUAGAAGUAGUGGAGGUGAAGAGGGCGAGUUGGGAGACCAGGGCGGGCAGGAAAAUUAACUGGGAGCGGGGGAGAAAGGUCCGUGAUUCACCGGUGACCCCACUCAGAGCAAGGGACGUUGUGCUCCGCAUACAAAACCUCAACCUACAAGUGGGGGAAAGGGUGCCAUUUGUGAAAGGGGGAGUGACGUGUCCGAAUUGCGGUUUGGAGGAGACGCUGGAGCACUGUUUACUUGAGUGCAAGAGUGUGGCGCCAGUGGUGGGAGCCAUCAAGUCGGCGCUCGGCAUGAUGCAGCCAGCAAGAAAGGAGGACAGGCUGGCAUAUCUCGUAUUUGGAGAGGAGGAGACGAGGUCCGGGUUUCCAGAAACUACUAUGGUGGCUGUGGCGAUGCACCAGAUUUGGAUGGGAAGGUGUGAUGUGUCGCUCCGUAAGGUCAAGAAGUUUCAGGCACGGAAGGUGCUUCGGAGGAUCAACGUGGAGUUCAACAAACACGCAAGAAUCUACUGUGGCAGACCCAGCAGGCGGGCACAGAAAGAUAAGGCGAGGUGGAACUUGGCGGAGGAUGAGGCAUUUGUCAUGCGGAGGAUUUGUGACAACGAGGCGGUGGGGCUGAAGUGGCACGAAAUUUUUCAGUCUAUCUGGACAAACCCAAGGACUUUUGUGAAGCCACCUUAA